AUGGGUUGUGCAUCAUCUGAUUCUGCUUCUGCAAAUAAUCCUAGAAAAUUAGAACAACAAAAAGAGUUCACAGGAGAAAAGAUAUCAUCAGAGAUCUUCGUUGACUUGAAGGAUGGCAACAUCUAUGAAGAGUAUGAGGUCAGGUCAACUUUGGGAGAAGGGGCCUUUGGCUGUGUAAAAUUAGUGGCUCAUCGCAAAACCAGUAUCAAUUGAUAUUAUCAAAUUAGAAAUGCCAUACGCCAUGAAACAAAUCAAGAAAUAAGGAUUAAUUAAGGAGGACCAAAAGAUCUUAUUUAGUGAGAUGGACAUUUUGAGGUUAAUUGACCAUCCCAAUAUUGUUAAGUUACAUAAACUAUAUUAAGACAAUAUCCAUUAUUAUAUGGUCACUGAACUUUGCUAGGGAGGAGAACUAUUUGAUAAACUUGCUUCAGAAAAGAACUUUACUGAAAAGAAGGCAGCUGAAAUUAUGAAAUAAGUAUUAUCUGCUGUGACGUAUUGUCAUGAAAGGAAAAUCAUUCAUAGAGAUCUCAAAUUGGAGAACAUCUUACUAGAAACCAAAAGUGCCAAUUCAAAUAUCAAAGUAAUAGAUUUUGGUACUUCUCGUAAAGUGCAAGAAGACGAAAAAUUAAAAUUAAAAAUUGGAACUGUAUUUCUUAUCUUAAACUUAAGUUAUACUACAUGGCACCUGAAGUAUUCCAAGGUUAAUAUGAUCUUAAAGUCGAUGUGUGGAGUGUUGGGGUCAUUCUCUAUAUCCUCUUGUGUGGUUAUCCUCCCUUCAAUGGUGACGAUACAACAAUCAAAAAGAAAAUUCAAAAAGGCACUUUCGAAUUCAAUGGUAAUCAAAUCCUUUCUAUCCAGAUACUGAAUGGAGAUCAAUUUCCCAAGAAGCAAAAGACUUGAUUACUAAAAUGUUAAAAUUUGACCCCUAACAAAGAAUCACAGCCCAAUAGGCUUUAUAAGAUCCAUGGAUUCAAUCGAAAGCUCCCAGUAAUCCAGUACAACCCAAUGCACUAAAUAAUUUAAAGAAUUUCUAUGUAUCAUUGUUAAAAUAUCAUCAUAGAGUACAUCUAAAUUAAAAAAUGCUAUUUAAUUAUUCAUUGUCACUUAAGUUACAACCUAUCAGGAAAAGGAAGAAUAGCUGAAAUAAUUUAAAGCUAUGGAUACUGAUGGAAAUGGAACUAUCAGUCCUGAUGAACUAAAGAAACAUUAUUCUAAACAUUAUGGAUAAGAGUAGGCUGAGAAAUUAGUUUAAGAAAUCAUGAAAUAAGUUGAUAUUAACUAAUCAGGAUAAAUCGAUUUCAAUGGUAUUUUAGCAUUUUUAAUUAAUUUUUAGAGUUUUUGGUGGCUGCAGUAAAUAAAGAAAAAAUACUUUCCCAAGAGAAAUUGAAAUAGGUGUUCUAGAUGUUUGAUAAAGUAUAUAUAAUAAUAAUUUUAGAACGGGGAUGGCAAAAUUCAAAGAGCUGAACUUUAAUAUAUUAUGUCAGGUAUAAAGAUUGAUGAUGGCUAAUGGAAGAAUAUUUUGGAAGAAUGUGAUAAGGAUAAUGAUGGGGAGAUCUCUUUGGAUGAAUUAAUAACUCUGAUGCAAAAAUUAAAGUGA